UGGACUAAAACAAAAAAAAAGAAAACUUUCCCUCGCUCUCAAAUUUAGGUAGCGGGAAGGGAUGGUGUUUUAAAAUUGGUGUGAUGUGAAUUGUGAGCCCUAAUGGCUCAAGAGGCGCGGCUCAACCUCCGAAUGCAAAGGGAGCUUAAGCUCCUACUCACCGAUCCACCUCCCGGCGCAUCCUUUCCUUCUCUUACUUCUUCUUCCUCUCUUUCCUCCAUCCAUGCCUUAAUUGGAGGCCCUGAAGGAACUGUGUAUGCUAAAGGACACUUUAAACUCAAAAUUCAGAUACCUGAAAGGUACCCCUUUCAGCCUCCCAUUGUCACUUUACUAACGCCCAUUUAUCAUCCAAAUAUUGAUAAUGGUGGCCGUAUUUGCUUGGAUAUUCUUAAUCUUCCUCCAAAGGGAGCAUGGCAGCCAUCUUUGAACAUUUCAACUGUCUUAACAAGUAUAUGCUUGUUAUUAAGUGAGCCUAAUCCUGAUGAUGGGUUAAUGCAUGACGCGAGCACGGAGUACAAAUACAAUAGACAAGCAUUUGACCACAAGGCAAGAUCAAUGACUCAAAAGUACGCCAUGUCUGGAGCACGUGAUUUUGCCGGUCAUGAUCAAGAAAUCCGAACUCUUACAAAUGCAAGAGAAGGAAUUGUUGAAGUCGAAGAAUUGAAUAUACCAAAAUCUGAGGUCCCAGAUCAUUUUGUGAACCGGAAGGGAUUAUGUGGACUCAGCAGAAAGUUGUCACUAGACUCUGCUGGACGUGCAAAAAGGCAUAAUGGUGAGACUGCGAGUGAAGUGCCUAUUGAUCAUAUCUUAAAUAAGCAAACGGAAGUUAGCAAACAAGGUAUGGAAGAAUUUCCCAUCGAGUGUGACUUGAAUCAGGAUGAAGCACAACAGAGAACCAAGAAACUAUCUUCAGAUAUUGUGGGUACAUAUAAAGUUAGAAAUGGUGAGAAGAACUCUAUGGCAAAAACUAAUUGUUCUGCCAGUUUGGAACCCCAAAGUAUUUUUCUGAAUUAUGCAGAUAUACAGGCCUUGCCACAGGCUAUAAGCAAUUCAGGGAAAACUACCAAUCCACAUGAUAGUGAGAUGAGAAAUGUCAGCAUAAAUAAGAGUCCAAGUAAGCUGUUGCUUCAGUCAACCGAUUUCACCCAAAAACACGAUAAUCUUGAGAAGUUGCAGGUCAAGCCUCAGCUGUCAGUCCAACUUCAGUCCACUGCAUUAUGUCAAACUCUUUCGUUGUCAGGAGCCCCUGGUCAUAACAAUAAGCAACCUCAUAGAAAGGCUUCUGAUCAAAAUGGAAGUGGUUUCUUCACGAGGCAUAAGAAGCUCGGUUUAACUGGAAGGAGACAUCCUUUUGACACAUCCAUUUCAUCUCAACGUCAUCAGAAGUGUGAUAAAGAGAAUUUAGCUCCAUCUCAAAACCUACCUGCUUCAGAAUCUGAUGCAUGCACUAAUUCAGCAUCCAGUUUAUUAUUUACUUCACAAACUGGUGAUACUUGUGAUGCGUGGACUAGGAAGUCAUCUAAUCAUUGUGGAUCUUUGAAGAAUCUGCCACUACAAGCUAUAGAGCACUCUGGAGAGGGUAAGGACAAUAGCUUUCAGUUGACCUCUCAAUCUGGACAACAUUCCACAGCCCUUUCAUGUGAGAACUUAUGUGAUCAUAAGCAGCCCAACCAAGACGAGAAUAUAUACUAUAACAAGAACAUGAAGCAACAGGAAAAAGAAUCACCACAAUGUGAAUCUGUGAUUGUAUUGGACAGUGAGGAUAGUGAAGAUGAAAGGAGUGUUCAUAAAAGGUCCAAGUUGUCGCUGGCACGAAGACGUGUGCCAGGUAAGCGAAAGGCUUAA